AAUUACUCCUUUUAAACCCUCUCCCUCUCUCGGUUUCAGGGUUUAACUCAACUCAUCUUUCAAUUGUGGAAUGCUUCUUAAUAAUCCGCCUUCAACUCUGCCUCUUCAAUUUCCAUGCUGUUUUUCUCUUCCAGUCUCAGACUGGCUUUCCCAAGCAAACUUUUCGUUCCACAAAAGUUUCUUCGUUUUAUGCCAGUUGUCCAUGGCGGUGGGGCUUCUUUCAAAUGGGGUUCUUCCCUUUUCUCUCAAAUGGCGGUUUCCCAGUUGAACUCAAGCUCCGCUUCCUCUGAUGAAGAUAACCAACUGGAUUCUUCUUCUUCUUUGUCUAGUUCCAUUGCCUCCCACGAAACUCUUCAUUGGUCCCCUGAUCUUGAUAGCUUCAGAGUUGUAGAAAUCCUUCGUAGUCUCAGGGCCGAACCCGAUCUUGCUAUCGCGUUUUUUCACCGGAGCAAGGAGGAAGCCGGAUUUCGACAUGAAAUCUCUGCCUAUGUUGAGCUUGUCAAGAUUUUAUGCUACUGGGGUUUGGAUAGGAAGUUGGAUUCUCUUUUCAGGGGCAUUAUUCUUCCUUCAAAAGAACAACCUGGAGGCCCCGAAAACCUGCCUUUCCUGAUAUCAGAGUUUCUUUUGAGGCUGGAGGAGGAACUUGAAGUUGGGCAGUCGUUAUUUCGAGCUUACAAUGCGUUGGUGAAGAGUUAUGUCAGUGUUGCCAUGUUUGAUGAUGCCAUAGAUGUUUUGUUCCAAACGAGGAGGAAGGGCUUUGUUCCUCAUAUUUUCACAUGCAAUUAUCUUUUGAACCGUUUAAUUGAGCAUGGUAAAAUGGAUAUGGCUGUGGCCAUUUACAAGCAGCUAAAGAGAAUUGGUUUGAGCCCCAAUGAUUAUACUCAUGCUAUUGUGAUCAAGGCACUGUGUAAGAAAGGUGCCUUGGAAGAAGCUGCCGAUGUGUUCUUGGAGAUGGAGAAAGCUGGUUUGAAGCCUUCUCCUUUUGCUUACAGCGCCUACAUUGAGGGGCUCUGCACUAACCACAGGUCAGCUUUAGGAUACAAAAUUCUACGAGCUUGUAACGAGUCAAAAGUUAACAUUGACAUGUAUGCUUAUGUUGUUGUGAUUCGUGGACUCUUUAAUGAAAUGAAAUUGGAUGAAGCUGAAAGUGUUUUUUAUGGCAUGGGAAAAGAUGGGUUGGUCCCUGAUUUACAUGUAUAUGGUGUAAUGAUUCAAGGCUAUUGCAAGACACAUAAUUUGCUUAAAGCUUUGGCUUUGCAUGAUGAUAUGGUUUUGAAAGGUAUGAAAACUAACUAUGUGAUUGUUAGUUCGAUUCUUCAGUGUUUGUGCAACAUGGGAAUGUCAUCUGAUGUGGCAGAUCAAUUUGAGAAAUUCAAAGGUUUGGGAAUCUUUCUUGAUGAAAUUUCAUACAAUAUUGUUAUUAACGCCUUAUGUAAUCUGGGGAAAGUUGAACAAGCUGUAGAAUUGGUUGAAGAGAUGAAGAGCAAAGGAAUGGUUUUAGAUAUUAUUCAUUAUACCACUCUCAUUAAGGGUCAUCUUCUCCAAGGGAAAAUUGCUGAUGCCUUGAAUCUUGUGGAGGAAAUGAAUAAAAUGGGUUUCAAGCCUGAUAUCGUUACUUAUAAUGUGCUUGCUGCUGGGUUUUCUAGAAAUGGCCUUGCAAGUGAGGCACUUAACCUUUUAGAGUAUAUGAAAGAACAGGGUGUAAAUCCAGAUUCUGUUACGUACAAUAUGAUAAUUGAGAACUUAUGCAAAGGUGAAAAGGUCAAAGAAGCUGAACUUGUUUUUGAUCAUUUAGAACUUAAGAGUGUGGAUAAUUAUUCUGCAAUGGUUAGGGGAUAUUGUGAAGCCAACCAUACAAGAAAGGCAUUUGACCUUGUUUUUAGGUUGUUGAAGCAAGGAACUUUAGUUAGCAAAAGUUGUUUCUUUAAACUACUCUGUAAAGUUUGUGUUGCUGGUGAUAAUGACACGGCUCUAGUGUUGUUUGAGACAAUGGUAACCAUGAACAUAGAACCUACCAAAGUUAUGUACAACAAACUCUUAUCUUCUCUCUGCAAGACUGGAGAUGUGAAAAUGGCGCAGCAUAUAUUUGAUGUUUUUGUUGAGAAGGGUUUAACUCCUGAUGUCAUUGACUACACAAUGAUGAUGAACAGCUACUGUAGGUUGAACUGUUUGCAAGAGGCCUUUAUUCUCUUCCAUGAUAUGAAAAGGAAAGGACUUGAGCCUGAUCUCAUCACUUACACAGUUCUGCUUGAUGGCCUUUUAAAAGCGCAUAGAAGAUCAAUUGGCUCUUCUCAGAAAGCAAGGAAAAUGAGUGAACCAGUGGGUACUUCAAUUGUUUUGAGUGAAAUGCAGGAAAUGCAAAUAAGGCCAGAUGUAAUUCUGUAUACUGUUUUGAUUGAUGGCUAUAGCAAACUAGGGAAAUUUCAGGACGCUUCUGUUCUGUUCCGCGAAAUGGUUGAAAGUGGAUUAGAGCCUGAUGCAGUGGCCUAUACCGCUCUUUUGUCAAGCUGUUGUAAUAGAGGUGACGUUGAUGGGGCUGUUACUCUCAUUAAUGAGAUGUUUUCUAAGGGACUAGAACCUGAUACACGUGCAAUCCCUGCUCUUCACCGAGGAAUUAUGAAUCGAAAAAAGAGGAGCUUUAGAAAUAGUUAGUAUAUUAGAAAUUAGUGAUUGGUCAGACAACAUAUAUAAAGGUGUAGAGGAUUGAAUGUCGUGAGGUGGUUAUUUUGGGAUGUGGUUUAUGCGUUUGUGUCAUAGACGUACUUGUCUUGUGUAUCCAACUUACUACACAACAAGCAGCCUGCUGAUACUGGCCAUAGCUCCAGAUGAAACCUGCGAUAAACAGGGAUAUCUGCAGCUCCACGAGCCCCGGUCGGUCAGUGCUCAUUGACCAUCUGUCAUGAACAUCAGCUGUUUCUUAAAAACAACCAGCCACCAUGAAACAGACCUGUAUAUUUACGGAAAGAUGAUAGACCUCCUGAGAAGCUUACUCUAUGCAAGCGCAAGAUUUCCAUCCGAGCAGAUGAGGCUAUCGAGCAUAUUAGGGUGAAGCUGCCCAAGAUUACCAAUCGAGCAGAGGAGUUUACCAAGGAGGAGAUGAGUGUAAAGCUGCCCAAGAUUACCAACCGAGCAGAUUAGGCUGGUGGCUAAGGCUGUUUUAUUUUGAAUGAGCUGUCAUGCAAGUCUUAGGCUCUUACCCCUAAAUCAGUAAAUACCCUAAUACAUUUGUAAGUAAGUAAUUUUUCUGUCAGAGAUUGGAGUGUAGAUCUCAGGGAGAUACCAAGCAUCUCGAAUAGCUUGGAACCAUUGUACAGAAUUUUGGCUAUAAAAGAAUAUGAGUAAUACUAUCUUCAUUCCUAGUA